GGAAGUGGACUGGUCAUUUUGCUACACGGCCCGCCAGGCGUGGGAAAGACAACAACAGCGGAAUGUGUUGCCGAUGACAAUAAGAGACCGCUGUUUCCCAUUAUUUGCGGUGAUAUUGGUGAAACAGCUGCUGAUGUCGAGCAUAACCUGCAAAGCCACUUCCAACUAGCUCACAAAUGGGGUUGUGUCCUACUCCUCGACGAAGCCGAUAUAUUCCUUGCCAAACGCACUCGGAGCGACUUGCGCCAUAAUGUCGUUACAAGUGUCUUCCUUCGAAGUCUGGAGUAUUACGCUGGAAUUCUCUUUUUGACAACAAAUCGUGUUGGUCUUAUCGAUCCAGCAUUCAGGUCCAGGAUUCAAAUGUCUUUGUUUUAUCCCCAGUUGACCCUUGAUUUUACGUGCAAGCUGUACGAGAAGUUCAUUAGAAGAGCCAAGGCGAAGCAGUUGCGACAAGGGAGCUAUCUUUUUAAGAUUAAAGAGAAAGAGAUUCUUAAGUUCGGGAAGAAGCAUUUUCGGAGUUUGGAGAAGGAUAGAUACGAGACAUGGAACGGACGCCAAAUCCGGAACGCAUUCCAAACAGCCAUCGCCCUAGCCGAGCAUCAAUGCAUGACCCAGUCCUCAGGGGAUCCUCAGCCGAUACUAAGCAAAGAGCAGUUCGAAGCAGUAGCGCGAGGAUUCAUGCAAUUCGACAAAUGCCUCAACAAAACACUGGGAGCUACAGAUGCAGAUAUGGUCAAGCGAGAAGGAUGGCGC